UCGUCUCCUCCUACUCCUCCUCCUCCUCAGCUCACAUUCCUUCCUUCCUUCACCUCGCCACCACACCACCACCAUGGAGGAGAGAUUUCCUGGGCCGACGGAGCCGCAAGACCGCACCGUUGACGUCGCCGGCGUGCUGCCGGCUGAGGCUGCGUCGGUGGGCGUGGUGAUGGAAGCCGACGACGAUGAGUCGGACGGGGAGUUCGAGUUCGAGUUCCCCUUCGUCAGUAGGGACUCCCCCGCGGGCACCGCCGCCUUGGCCGACGAUCUUUUUGCGGAUGGGCGGAUCAAGCCGUUCUACCCGGUGUUCGCCCGCGCCGGAGGAGGAGGAGGUGAUCAUCAGCUGGGCAAGGGCGUUCCGCCGCCGGUGCCGCCGCGGACGAGGGGACCACUGGGGAGGCUGUUCCUCGAGGAGUCCCGUGGCUCGUUCGACAGGUGGACGUCCACGUCGUCGUCGUCAGCGGCGGCGUCCGACGAGGGUGGCCUGGAGGGCGCGCCGCCGGAAAGCUACUGUCUCUGGACGCCCGGCGCCGGCGCCGUCUCAGCCUCGGCCUCGGCCACCCCACGCCCGCCAAGGAAGAGCAGCUCCACGGGUUCCAUGGCUCGGUGGCGCCGCAUCAGCGAGCUCGUCGUCGGCCGCAGCCACAGCGACGGCAAGGAGAAGUUCCUGUUCCUCCCCACCCCGCCGCACACCAGGGGUCACGACGACAUGGAUCUCUUCAAGCCCAAACCCAAACCCAAGCCCAGGCCAACUCCGGCAGCCGCAGGCGGCAAGAAGCUACCGGCCGCCGCCGUCGCAGAGAUCGACACGGUCGCCGCGAUGCACAGGAUCGCAUACGGAGCUAAGACUUGCACCGCCACCGGCGCCGGCGGGGGCACGCCGCGGCGGACGUUCUUGCCUUACCGCGAGGAGCUCGUCGGCCUCUUCGCCAACGUGAACGGCAUCACCCGCAGCCAUCCGCACCCAUUCUGAGGCUAGCUAAGCUAAUUACCCCGUAACUAAUUCAGUCCAGUCCAGUGCUUGGUUUUGCAUAAUGAUGGUCAAUUAACCACGUGAUUAUCUCAAUUAAUUACGAUUAAUGUGGACUAUGAACAGUGUGAAGCCAUUGACUCACUGGCUCUGUCCUUCUCGGCUCAGUGUGAACGCCUACGGGUGGCGUGAGAAAAACCUCCACCAGAGAAAGGUUUCCUAUACCCGAGUUUGUACACGCGUAAUAGCCAAUCCAUUAAAUUUCUGAGAGUGACAUUCUAUU